AUGGACUCUCCAGAGGUUCGUCAGUUAUCGCUGACGUUGUUUGCGCAAAUCAAACCUACUUGCGUUCGAAUUUCAGAGCUUGCUCUACAAGGAGGGGAACUAUCCCAGUCAGAUACCACUGCCUUGAUCUACAAUCUACGAGAGCUCACUCAGCUAACGAAAAAACACCAACAAGAACACAAUACAGAACAUUAUUUGCUAUCAACCAAGUUGGCGGACUAUGUGUUCUUCCCUUUGUCGAAUCUUUUGAAGCACUCCAAUCUACAUCAGCAAGUGGUUCGAUACGUGCUUGAUGUUAUGUCGUUUCUUCUCCAGUGGUCUUGGAGUAACAAUUUAGACGAGAAACUUCUUGACCAAUUGUGUCCAUUGGUGAUAUUUCUCUGUGGCGGUCCGUCAAUCCUGGUGGCCAGAACAUCGCAAAUUGGAGACAAGGACUUUUCCUUCAAGUUGUCUUCAGUGACAUGCCUAAUCCAGUUAAUUAAAUGCUUCCCUCGUCUGUACUUAACAGAUGAAAAAAGCGGCCCUAAAAGAUUGUCGAUGUUAGGUGACAUCACAACUUUGCUCUUGGACGUAAUGGGCAGCCUCAACUCUCCACUAAAUCAAGAGGAAAAUGAAAUGGUUAUCGACACAUUAGACAUAUUAACAUGGCUAUAUUCCACGCGGGUCACUGCAGAGCAAACUUCAUACGUUUUUCCUGGUAUGGUGUCGAAGAUUGUCAAUUUCUCAAUUUCGACAAGAAACCUCCAUGCUGCAACGAUCACAAAAGUUAUUAAGACUCUUCAAGAGCUCAUUGUGAAGGUUUUUGAGGAUGAGGGUUUGAGCAUAUCCAUUUCCGACGCCUCAGUCACUUCAGAGAAUCUUCAGUCAUUCCAAGACCUCAUGGACGAAGACAAAACUAUUGAUCAAAGAUCAAUACCAAUAAAGAUUGAGAUGAAAGAGACAAAACACGAACAUAGAACAGAACUGUGGGUUCGAGCCACUUCCAAACAGCUAAAGCUUUCAAUCCUCACCUUGUUCAAGUAUUUGUUUUUCAAUUCCACAAUGAGGACAAAGGUGGCAGUUAACUUUAAGGUGUCCGAAGCUAUUUUUGAAUUUGUUGCUAUUAUCACAAGCAAAUGUUUACAAUCGUUAUUUACGGAGGUCGUACAAUCAGGUUUGGAUAUCUUUUCCGCCUUAAUAUUCGUGAUAACGUCCCAUUCCUCUCAUUUUCUGGAACAGGACUUUUUGAGGAAAGCUACUGACGUGUAUCUCCAAUUUGAAUACGGAAAAUUAGAGCUCUUGUCUAAGCAGCUUCUUAUCAAGACUAAUUAUCUUGUUUUCAUUCAAUUUCCUUCAGUUUUGGCACUAUUGAAUGAAGAGAAGAUCGGUGUCUGUGUGGCAGCCAUCAAAGUUCAUUUGUUCAUCUUGCAGGCCCUCCUGGAUUAUACCAAAUCAGACAAAGAGUCAAUACUUUUAAUGAAGAAGAGCAUAUUGCAAACUCUAGUUUCCCAGAUGUCGAGUAAAGACUACUCUGGAAAGAGUAAGAGCAAUGCUAGCAAUGAUGAGUUGCUAAGACUACUCAACGGUGGCUCUUCCAAAAGUAACACUUUGGAUGACGUUGAGCUUCCUCUGCAUAUCAAUGCAAACGCACUCACUAAGAUGAAGAAAGAAGGCAAGAGCAUGAGCUCUGCGCAAGGAUCUUCUGAUUUGAGAAGGCUCGCAACAGAUUGGACGGAUGAUUAUCAGGAUAAGGAUGUAAUUGUUUUCAAAUCCGUAUUAUCUGAUAGUGCAGAGGAAUGUCUUAAGGGCCUCUUGACCUUUGUCGGACUUCAGAGCCAGGCAGACAUGGAAAUUUUGAUCAAUUCGAUCAACGAAAUAGAACCAGUUUCAAAUUUUGUUGAUGAUGAUUUAUUAAUCAAGUCGGUGUCACUCUGGACUUCCAAUCAGUUGUUAAGGACGUCUGCAAUAACCUCUGGAUCAGCCAAAGUAUUCGAUAUAAACGAUUUCUUAGACAUUGAUGUCGAAGAACAAACAGAUGAUGAAACUGGCUACAUUAUCUUGGAACAUGCACUUGACCUCAUUGGCGAAGCGAAGGAUAAAUUCAUUAAAGGCGGCCUUACAACCAAACAAGCAACAAUUUGUCAAAUGGCUUAUGUUACUGCAUUAGAAUCCAUCGAGGUUCUCUCAUUCGAGUUGGCAAAAGAGGAUUUCCAGACAGAUAUCUUGAUGAACCAUUUAUUCCUGUUGCUUGAAGCAUUGACAUACCCUUCACAGUCAGAGGUUUAUUUACAGGCAAGAAAAUCCUUGAAUUCCGUUGUUCAAAAUUACUACGAUGGCUCUCUUGGAAACCUCAUCAUGGACAACGCAGAUUAUUUAGUAGACUCACUUAGUAUGAGUCUCUCCACUGCUAGCGGACUUACUCCUUCACUUCCUGGUAUUCUAUUGGUGAUUUUGAAAAUCGCCGGCAGGCAACUUUUGCAAACGAAUCAGCUCAAUGAUAUUUUGAGCGAGAUUUUCCUUGUAAUUGAUUCUUAUCAUGGAUACUCCGUUCUCGUGGAGAAUUUUUUCCUUGUGUUCGAAAUCAUUGUGGAAAUAACUAGAGAGAUUUAUGGCUCGGUAUUGUCAGAUGAAUCCAAGAUUGAGAAGGAACAGAACGCCUCGAGAUAUAAGCCUUGGGGAAUGACAACAAGACAUCAAUUACUCAGUUUAAUUAGUGACAAUGAGCGAAUUAUUGGGGAAGCAGAAGAUUUUGAUCCGUCAAAGGAAUAUUUUAACCGAAAGCCGGGUGUUCCAUUUGGGGAUCAGGAUGGGGAUUCUGAUGACGAGGAUGAUGACGAUGUACCUGUUGAAAGACCUGACGAGAAUUCUUGGGACUGUCCAAUUCCAAAGGGAGUGUACGUUUUAAUUCAACAAAUUUUCACUUAUGGUUUGCAAUUCCUCUCCCACUCGUCGGAGAAGUUGAAGGUUCAAGUUUUAAAAACACUACAUAAAGCUUACCCUCUCAUGAGCACAAACUACAGCGUGCUUAUGCCACUUCUUGCCCAAUACUGGCCAAUGAUUCUUGUAUUGACUUCUGGAGUUUCAACAACCUCAGAGUAUGAAGUCAGCGUGGCUCUGCAACACACGAUUGAACCGUCAUUGAGGUUGACUAUGGAAAUUUUACACGAGGAUUCAAAGCACGAAGCUUUCAUGAGCAAACGAUUCAUGGAUAUGUGGGACUUCUGGAAAAAGAAGUCGGCGAUGUUUAAUCUUUCAAAGAAGGGUAUAGAGAAGGGCCUCACAGUAUCAACCAAUACCGUGCCACACACCACCUGUCAGCUCUAUACACAAGUCCUUCUCACAGGUAUGAACACAUACGAAAAGAUGAUUCCUGCCUUGACCGCACUCGAGAUGGGUGAGGCUUGCAUAGCAUUGGGAAUUCCCAAGGGAGCCAGUAUCAGUAGAAAUACUAGGGCACUUCUUUGGGUGAUCAAGAACCACAGAAACUAG